AUGCAAUCUCGUCAUUUAUUAAAAUUGUCCACUGUGACUAAACGUAUGCUAUCAACAACUAAACCAUAUGAUGAAACGAUUAGAAAUCUAUUAUGUCCAAAGGACACACGUGUAAUUUUUCAAGGUUUUACAGGUAAACAAGCAACGUUUCACGCUCAAUUAUCAAUAGAUUAUGGUACUCAAGUAGUUGGUGGGACAAAUCCAAAAAAAGCAGGUCAAUUACAUUUAGAGAAACCGGUCUUUGCCACAGUUAAAGAUGCGAUUAAAGAAACUAAUGCGAAUGCAUCUGCGAUUUUUGUUCCACCACCAAUUGCUGCAAAAGCAAUUGAAGAAGCCAUUGAUGCAGAAAUGCCUUUAAUUGUUUGUAUUACAGAAGGUAUACCACAAAGAGAUAUGUUAUAUAUUUCUGAAAUGUUACAUUCGCAAGGUAAAUCAAGGUUAGUUGGACCAAAUUGUCCAGGGAUUAUUAAUCCUUCAACUAAUGUUAGAAUUGGUAUUCAACCAACUUCAAUUUUUAAACCAGGUAAAAUUGGUAUUAUUUCAAGAUCUGGUACUUUAACUUAUGAAGCUGUUCAACAGACAACUAUUCAUAAUCUAGGUCAAUCUUUAGUCAUUGGUAUGGGUGGUGAUGCAUUCCCAGGAACUGAUUUUAUUGAUUCUUUAAAAUUAUUUUUAAAUGAAAGUCCCGAAACUGAAGGUAUUAUUAUGUUAGGUGAAAUUGGUGGUCGUGCAGAAAUUGAAGCCGCUCAAUUCUUAAAAGAACAUAAUAUGAAUAGAGAUAAACCUUUACCUGUUUCUUCUUUUAUUGCAGGUAAAGUCGCGGGACAAAUGAAAGGUGUUAGAAUGGGCCAUUCAGGUGCUAUUGUUGAAGGUCAUGGUACUGAUGCAGAAUCAAAGAAAAAAGCCUUGAGAGAGAUUGGUGUUGAUGUAGUCGAAUCUCCAGGUUUCUUAGGUCAAUCUUUAGUCGAUCAAUUCAAUAGACUAAAAUGA